UUAGCUUAAGUUAGCCACUAACGUUUGCUAGCAAUGUUAGAAACUUUAAAGAUGUCUUUACAGCACCCAGACUUUGACACAACCAAAACUAAAUCGAUAUAAUGUCAACGUAAGUUGCUUAAUUUCAGCUAAAGCAACUUUUCUGGCGUCGUUGCAGUUUAGUUUUAGCUAGUAACGGCGAUGCUGUCAAAGGGUUGCUAGGUUGGUUAACUUAGCGAGAAGCUAACUUGAGACAAGUUAAAGUUAGUUUAAGUUAUCUACAAGGCUUUAUAAACGCUGACAGUUUCACUUCCAACAGAUGGAGGCUUCUCUGGGAUCUCUGCAGAAUCCUGAUUUAAGCUCUGUCCUGUCAUCAUGUGAGCCGGAGCUCCAGGAGCUGAUGAGACAGAUUGACAUCAUGAUCAGUCAUCAGAGGAGGGAGUGGGAGGCUGAGAUUCAGGCCAUGGAGCUCAGGCUGAAGAGUGGAGAAGAGGAGCUGUUGACUUCCAGAAAUCUCAUUGAGCGGAGGGACCUGGAGAUCGGAUUGCUCCGCAAGCAGCUAGAAGAAGUCCAGUCUGGUCGACAAGAGGUGGUUACCAAGUACGAGCAGCAACUACAGAAAGUCCGGGAAGAGUUGGAUAAAUUAAAGAGGAAUUACCAAAAGCUUCAGCGCAAACAGCUCAAGGAGACCAGUCGAGGAGAGGCAGACCGUUCGGAGGUGACCCAACUCAAUGAAAAGAUUGAGGAGUAUCACCAGCGUGUUGCAGAGUGGGAGCAGCAGCAAAUCAGCCACCAGAAACAAAUGACAGCACUGGAGGCCCAAAAGAAGAGCCUGACUGAUGAGCUCACACACAUGAAAUCUCAGAAGGAGCACCGAGAGUGCUGUUCACAGGUGCAACAUCUGCGUGCUCAGCUGGAGAAGUCUCAGGGCAGCAUCCACUCACAGGAGCUUGAACUGGAACGCCUCCGACCGCUCGAGAUUUGGCUGGGACAGUACCAGAGAGAGAAGCAGGUGAGCGGCACGGUCCUCUCGGAGGAAAGAGAGGAGCUCCACGCCACGCUGGACUCCCAGGAUACAUUUAUGCGAAGAGCCAGCCUCGAGCGCCAGAGGCUUCGCAAUGAAGCUGCCAGACUCAACCAAGCGCUGCAGGCUAAAGAUCAAGUCAUCCGCUCCCUGGAGGACUGUCUGGCAGUUCAGGGCUGUGCUGGUGUGGAAAUCAGAAAAGAUCUGGAGAAAACCACAUCCAAGCUCCACUGCGCCCAAACAUGCGAGGCUCAUCUCAAGGCUGAACUGGCUGAAAUGAGAAAGGUCAGAGAGGAGCUUCAGAGAGCGAGGCAGACUCACAGCGGGGAGGUGGAGGGAAUGAGAGCCGAAGUGUCGAGGCUGACCGCUGAGCUGCACCAACGUGAUGUCACCAUCGCCGCACUGAAAGGCUCCUCGUCCAGCAUCAAGCAGCAGCUCUGUGGUGAGGUGGAGCGAGCUGAGCAGAAGGCGUCUGAGCUGAAAAUGAUUCAGGCACAGCUGGAGACUCUACAGACUGAGAACCAGCACCUGAAGGGUCUGCUGCAGCGGCUGGAGUCUCAGUCACCAAAGGUUUGUCUGCGGCCUUUGACGCAGUCAUCAAAUACUCAUUACAUGUUGAACAGACAGAAUUCUUUUCUUAAUUUGCAGGAGAGCACCACACGCUGUGAAGAGAUCCAAAACCUCUUCAAUCAGCUGCACACGCUGUCCCAUUCCUCUGGAGAGCAACGCUGUAACCAGGCCCCAGACAUCAGGCCACAUUCAGCAGCAUCCUCCUCCUCCUCCGCCUCCGCCUCCGCUUCCUCCUCUUCAGGAAGCGUGAGACUGACCAGGAGAAACUCGGUGCCAGCCCUGACUCCAGAUGAGGCUCCUGCUGAGGGGCAAAGCUCCGGCUCCGAAGCCUCUCUGGCCCUCGUGUCGACGGAAAAGAUCACACCCUCUCCCUCCCCAGUGCCUCUGUCAGUGUCUCCUACAGACGGCACGGUCUCUCGUUUCCUGGACGAAGAGAACUUUCGGCUGAAGGAGCUGCUUCAGAGACUGGACACCCACAUCCAGGGUAUGAGCGAGAGCAACGCCAAGACAGUGUCCAAGUACCAGCCGAGUGGCUGGAGGCCCGACUCUGCACAGACGUCAGCACAGAAUGUGGUCUGCAGCUUGGCAGGCGUCUCAUCUCGGUGUCCCAUCGUCCCCAUCCACCCCUGAUCACAAGGUAAGCUUGUUUA